AUGAAUAUGAAUGAAAUUUUAGCCCUUGUGUGGUUGUUGAUCAGUCUGAUCGGCAUCAUCUUCACCAUCGCCAUCGUCUGUGCACAACGCAAUCGAACUAGUCCCUCGGUAUUACCUCCCGAGACAAUCCGCCAAACUCCACAGCCUCAACAAGACAUCGAAACGGGACAGACGAAAAUCUUAAUGUUUAAAGAUAUCGAAAAAGAAGAAAGAGAAGGCUGUGGUAAACGUAUUUGUCCAAUUUGUUUGGAAGAGUACGAGGAUGAUCAUGAGAUUACGCGUUUAAAGAAGUGCCGACAUGUUUUUCAUCGUUUUUGUAUUGAUGCGUGGCUUACAAGGGACCGGAGCUGUCCAAGUUGUCGUCGUUCUGUUGAUUUGAUUUGA